AUGGUCGGCGCUGCCGCCACCUUGAUCGGCGCGUCGGCCGGUGUCGGCUACGCCACGAUGCGGUCCACGCAGACGAGCGCGGUCGCGAUGCCUGCCGAGCAGCAAAUGGCCGCGGCUCUCGAGGUGCCGGACUUUGUCCAGUCCAUGGGCGACCCGUACUACCCGAGCUUCGACGAGCUGGACAAGGACGGAGACGGCAUCUGUCCUACACCGAUCGUCAAGGAGGACCUCAACAGCCAGCUGGACGACAAGAUCGAGAGCGACACGGCCUGCGUCAAGAAGGCCAUGAUCACGAGCAAGAAGAGGCAGCUGACGUUCGACCGCACUACCAUCGACUCGCUGUACUACAUGCUGGAGGUCUUCUGCUUCGACACGCCGAUCGAGGUGCCUCAGAAGUACAUCGAGAUGUUCCCGGACACCCAAAGGCCCCAGCCUGGCAGAGCCAAAGCCUUGUCGAACAACCACAGCAACCACAGCAAGAGACCUUGCCCGUGGAAAGCCGAGUUGCAUGGUGUUCUAGCCUGA